AUGAAGGCCACACCCCUCUUUGCACCGCUGGCCCUCGCCGCCAUCGCCAACGCCAACAUUCUCCUCCCCCAGCGCAACGCCGCCCCCAUCGCCAUCGUCGAUCGCGCCCCUCAACACGACGACAGUGCCUGGCAGGAUCCCCAGGGCAAGAACCGCGGCCAGAGCGGCGUCCUCGUGUCUACCGAUACCACCGCCUACAGCCGCGGGCCUCUGGCAUCGCCCGUCUCAAUUACCAGCGCGCUUCCUGUGACGGGCACGCCAGCAGGCGAGGGACCUCUACCUACUCUCCCCAAGCUCAGCUCAGACACUAGAACCAACCCUGGCGGUGCCCCUCAGACCAGCGAGCCGGGCAGCUUUGUUGUCCAGACUACGAUGCCUACCAACACCAAGCCUGCGGCGUCAUCGAACGGAGCGGGAGGUUCAUCUGCCGCUGCUUCGUCUUCAGCACCGGCUGCGGCUAGUAGCUCUGCUGCAGCUGUAGCUCAGCGUGGACCCGUUGUUGCGGUAGCUGCUAUAGGUAUGGCAGCCGCCGCUCUUGUUCUAUAA